CUGCAAGAUCUAAAAAAAAAAAAAACCUGUCCAAUUCCAGAAAACAAAAAUGGGAACAAAACAGAUCGUCACAGUGAUGUUCUUCUUUUUAUCUGUGAUCAUGGCGUUGCUUUGUCAUCAUCAAUCCGAAGCUCAAGCGCCGAUACCAAAUCCUGGUGAUUGCUUCUCGUCAAUAAAGAAGGUCAAAGGUUGUGUCGAUGCUGUGAAAGCUGCCACUAAAGGAGAUUUCAAAGGUUUGGACAAGGAUUGUUGCCACGCCAUCAAUGGCCUCGUCCACCACUGUUUUCUGAUCCUUUUCCCAGGAAAACCAUACAUUGCACUACGCGUUAAGGAUGCAUGUUAUAUUAAUUAA